AAUAGGGUUUGUGGAUCAGAAAAUAAAAGGGUUCUCUCCUCAUGGCUCUUUUCCUCCUCAAAAGAAAAGGAAACUGAACAAUUCAAAAUUUCAGAUCUCUGCUGCCUCUCUAAGAGUAUGGCGACAACCGCAGGAGGCUCUGUUGCUUUCUCAAGCUUUACAUCAUCGCCGUCCUAUUUCAGCACCCACAAAGGCAACACCCACUCGCCACUUCCACCGAUGGUUGCUAAGUAUUUCUCUAAAAGGCGAAACUUUGCCUGCUUUGCUGCACAAGAGUCAAAUACUUCAGCAGUUACUGCUGAAACGGAAGAAGUGAAGCCAGAGAAAAAACCAGCUAGGCCAAAGCCUGCUGCGAAAGCUCCUGUGAAACCGCUACCAGAAAUGAUGAUGGAAGAUGUGAUACCUUCGCUAAAAGAAAGAAUCGAAACCCAAGAAGAUAUCACUGACCUCGAACUAUCUUUUCAGGACAACCGGCUUGAAGGUUCAUUUCUGAAGCUGGGCUAUCCUUAUUCAUUUUGGGCGUUUUUUCCUGAUGGCGUUAUCACAGGUCCAAAAGGAUUUUCUAUAUCCUCCUAUGGAAAUGAACCAAGCACAGUUGAACCUUUCCUGGUCGAUGAGAAGAAAAUAACAUCAAAACAUGUUGUCUUUUGGGUCGAGAAACGUUUGGCUGCUCAAGGUAUAUUUCCGGUAUGGAAAGAAUCGUCAAAUGUAGAACCAACGAAUGAUGAUUCUUAAAGAAAUUGAACCAGAUGUCUUGUUGUAUGGAUUUUUUGCAUUUACAUUGAUGUAUAUAAACAUCAUGUUUUAUCA